GCACGCGUCGCUAAGUAUUCUUCAUCUCCCGUACGUUUCUCCCUCUCUUUUCUCUCUCUAUAUGGUUUUUGUCUUAAAAGAAUACAGAGCCUGUGACCCCCUCGUCUCCUCCUUCAACAGGAAAUCAAAGACCCAAAAUUUAUCAUUCCAUUCGAGCUUAGAGGAGGGUAGAUUGUUGAAUGUUCUGGGAGAAGACUGAAAUGGAGGGUGCCGCCAGAUUGAGGGCUGAGGACUUGAAAAUGAGCUUUGAGAGUCUGAUGAGUCUUGGUGUUGAUCGUGCUAGUGAUAGGGGAGUGAAGAUGGAGGGUGUUGUAAUCACUGAGUGGAAAGACAUUCCUAUGGAGCUUUUGUUGAGGAUUGUUUCGCUUGUUGACGAUCGGACAGUGAUUAUGGUUUCAGGGGUUUGUUGUGGGUGGAGGGAUGCCAUGUGCUUAGGCCUCACACAGCUCUCCCUUUCAUGGUGCAAGAACAACAUGAACGACUUGGUUUUAUCGCUUGCUCCAAAAUUCACGAAAUUGCGAACUCUGCUUCUGCGUCAAGAUAAACCGCAACUCGAGGAUAAUGCUGUUGAAGUAAUUGCAAAUAGCUGCCAUGAUCUGGAGGAUCUUGACCUCAGCAGAAGCUUGAGGCUUAGUGAUCGCUCCCUGUAUGCCUUGGCUCAUAUUUGUCCUAAUCUCACUAAACUCAAUAUCAGUGGGUGCACUUCAUUCAGUGAUGAUGCACUUGAGUAUUUGUUUGCAUUUUGCCGGAAUUUGAAAGUCUUAAAUCUCUGCGGAUGUGUAAAAGCUGCAUCCAACAAAGCAUUGCAGGCUAUUGGACGUAACUGCUGUCAAUUACAGUAUUUGAAUCUGGGGUGGUGUGAGAAUGUGACUGAUAUAGGGGUGAUGAGUUUAGCAUAUGGAUGUCCCAAUCUCAGGUCCCUCGACUUGUGCAGCUGCGUCCUUAUAACUGAUGAUAGUGUGAUUGCUUUGGCAAACAGAUGUCCCCAUCUGAGAUCACUUGGGCUGUAUUACUGUCGUAACAUCACUGACAGAGCAAUGUAUUCGUUGGUUCAAAGUCGAGUCAAGAACAAGGAAUCGAUGUGGGAAUCCAUGAAGAGGAAAUAUGACGAGGAAGGAUUAAGGAGCCUAAACAUCAGUCAAUGCACAUCACUCACACCGCCUGCUGUUCAGGCAGUAUGUGAUUCAAAUCCUGCACUUCACACCUGCGCCAGGAGGAAUUCCCUCGUCAUGAGUGGUUGUUUGAAUUUGACAUCAGUGCAUUGUGCAUGCGCUGUCCAAGCACAUCGCACCUACAACAUGAUUUCGCAUCCUGCUCAUUGAGUGCUAGGAUGGAAAGAUUAUGCCUUGUGUACAUGUGUUCAUGGUGAUAACUGAAUAAAAGUAUAUUUGAAGUUGCCGGACUUUUUCUUCUUGUGUGGUA